AUGGCUUUGCUGAAUGCUGUCCAGCUCUUCAUCAUUUCGCUCACGUUCUUCGUCUCUGGAGUGUUUGGGGCGUUUGGCUACACGUCUUCGGGCGGCAACUACGUGAUUGAUGCUGGUUCCGCCAAUCCACUGAUCUUUUCAGUCAGCCAGUCCAACUGUGAUAUCAAGUCGAUCAAAUAUCGUGGCACCGAACUCCAAUAUGGAAAUACUGGCAGCCACAUCAACUCCGGCCUAGGAUCGGCUACCGUCUCUAUCACGCAGAUCAACGGAUCCAAGCGGUACAUCAAGGUCACGUGCGUGACAUCGACCUUGACGCACUAUCUGGUGGUUCGAGAGGGCGACAGUAUCAUUUAUAUGGCGACCUAUAUCACGGCUGAGCCGUCAAUUGGCGAGCUGCGCUGGAUCGCCCGGUUGCUGCCAGACAAGCUUCCUAACGAGUACCCGUACGGCGAAGUCUCGAACACAGCUGGGUCCAGCGCAACGGUUGAGGGUUCAGACGUCUUCUUGGUCAACGGGCAAACACGGUCAAAGUUCUACUCGUCCACUCGUUUCAUCGAUGAAGACGCCCACUGCGUGUACGGCGGCAGCGAUCUGAUCCAUGUCUGCAUCUUGACGCCGCAGCAAGAGUCCUCCUCCGGCGGUCCUUUCUUCCGUGAUAUCAACUCCAACAAUGCGGGUGCCUCGACAAACCUCUACAAUUACAUGAACAGCGGUCACGUACAAACCGAAGCCUUCCGCAUGGGGCUUCACGGGCCUUACCUGAUGCAGUUUUCACGCUCUGGCAUCCCAACUGUUAAGAACACCGAUGUUUCCUUUUUCUCAGAGUUGGGCAUUACCGGUUAUGUGCCUGCUUCAGGACGCGGCACAGUUAAGGGCACAGCGACCGGAAUCCAAAGAGGUAUGCAGGGCGUUGUCCAUUGGUACAACAGCCAGGCACAGUACUGGGCUAAGACGUCCUCAAAUGGGGCAUUCACAUCUCCCCUAAUGAAGCCUGGCACGUACACAAUGGUGCUGUACCAGACUGAGUUCAAGAUCGCUACCACUAUGGUCACCGUCUCUGCUGGACAGACUGUGACCCAGAACAUUGCGGGCAAUUUCAACACCACGAGGAAGACGCUCUGGCAGAUUGGAGAGUACGAUGGUCAGCCCACAGGCUUCCGUAACGCCGACAAGUUCCUGAGGAUGCACCCGUCCGACAGCCGCAUGGCCAGCUGGGGCCCACUGACAUAUACGGUGGGCAGCUCCUCCCUCUCUGACUUUCCCAUGGCUGUGUUCAAGGACGUAAACAAUCCGGUUACCAUCAAGUUCAACUUGGCCAGCGCUCCCGGGGCUGCUACCUUGAGGAUUGCCACAACGCUUAGCUUCGCGGGCGGCCGUCCCCAGGCCACCAUCAACGGCUGGACAGCGUCUGCUCCGGCAGCGCCGACGAAGAUUGACAGUCGCGGUAUUACCCGUGGAGCCUAUCGCGGCCAUGGCGAAGUCUACACCGUUAGUAUCCCAGCUGACAAGCUCGUCGCUGGCAGCAACACCAUCACCAUCUCCGUCAUCUCUGGCAGCAGCGGAGCCAAGUUCCUGAGCCCUAACUUUAUCUUUGAUGCCGUGGAGCUGUACACCAGCUGA